AUGACAGGAAAGGAAGAAAAUAAACAACAACAACAUGUUAAUUUUCCAUGGAAAAGAUUGGUAGCAGGUGCAGUUGCAGGUACAGCAGAUGUUUGGGCAUGUCAUCCACUUGAUCGUAUAAAGACACAACUUCAAAAUAAUCCAGGUAAAUCAAUCGUUGGUACAUUUGGAGAUAUUGUUAGUAAAGGUAAAGGAUUUACAGGUGGAGUUAAUGCAUUAUAUGAAGGUAUUUUACCAAUGACAGCAGAGGCAAUUUUUAAGGUUGGUAUUCGUUACUUUGCAUUCAGUUGGUUUACAGAGCAAUAUAAAACCACCGUUUACAAAGGUGAAACAUUAAAUAAGAAACAACAGUUUGGAGCCAACUUAUUAGGUGGUGCAUUUGCAGGUACAAUCGAGUCAUUCGUAGUGGUUAUUCCAUGUGAAUUAUUAAAGGUACGUCAUAUGACUCAAGAACAUAAUAAAUCAUUUGGUACAGUAUUUAGAGACGUACUUCGUGAAGAGGGUUUCCAAGGUUUAUACAAAGGUGGUAGUGCAACACUCUUACGUCAAAUCACAAAUCAUAUGAUACGUUUCCCAACUUUUUAUGCAAUCUCUGAUUAUCUCAAAGGUGGUGAUCAUUCCGUUCAUCUCCCAGUUUGGCAAAAUCUUUCAGCUGGUGCCAUCGCUGGUACUGCUUCUACCCUCUUCAAUAAUCCAUUAGAUACAAUUAAAACUCGUAUGCAAAAACAAGGUCAAAAUCAAACAACAAUGCAAGUCGUUAGAGGUAUCUAUCAAGAAACUGGUGUCAAAGGUUAUUGGGCUGGUGUAAUCCCAAGAAUUUUAAGAGUUGCCCCUGGUCAAGCAAUCACUUGGGCUGUUGUUGAAUUAGUUAUGGGUAUUUUAGAACCUUCAUCAAAGAAACAUUAA